AUGGAUCCGGAUUGGGAAAGGAACAGCACUCCUUGCAGCGACCCUAGGGACGUCCUGACCCAGGUGGGGGAUCUCAACUGGACUCUCUUCCACACCCGGGAUGAGGAGCUAGCCCGGGCCGAGAUUGGGGUGCUGGCCACCAUCCUGGCAGUUGCCGCCGUGGGCAACCUGGGGGUGCUGCUGGCCAUGUACCGGCUGAGGAAGAAGAUGAGCAGGAUGCACCUCUUCAUCCUGCACUUGGGGCUGACCGACCUGGGGGUGGCGCUUUUCCAGGUGCUGCCCCAGAUGAUCUGGGAGGUGACCUACCGCUUCCUGGGGCCUGACCUGCUCUGCAGGGCCGUCAAGUACCUGCAGGUGCUAAGCAUGUUCGCCUCCACCUACAUGCUCAUCAUGAUGACUCUGGACCGCUACAUGGCUGUGUGCCACCCGCUGCGCACCCUGCAACAGCCAGGCAGGCAGGCCUACCUGAUGAUCGGGGCCACCUGGCUGCUCAGUGGCCUGCUCAGCCUGCCCCAGGUCUUCAUCUUCUCAUUGCAGGAGGUGCACCAGGGCUCCGGGGUGCUGGACUGCUGGGCUGACUUCAGGUACCCCUGGGGCGCCCGGGCCUACAUCACCUGGACCACGCUGUGUGUCUUCGUCCUGCCCGUGGGCAUCCUCACCAUCUGCUACAGCCUCAUCUGCCACGAGAUCUGCAAGAACCUCCGGGGCAAGACGCAGAGCGGAGCAGAGAUGGGAGCGGGGUCCCGCUGCAGCCAGGCCUCCCGGGUGAGCAGCGUGCGCACCAUCUCCAGGGCCAAGAUCCGCACGGUGAAGAUGACCUUUGUCAUCGUGCUGGCCUAUGUCGCCUGCUGGGCGCCCUUCUUCAGCGUGCAGAUGUGGUCGGUGUGGGACGAGAAUGCCCCCGAUGACGAGUCCACCAACGUGGCAUUCACCAUCACCAUGCUGCUGGCCAGCCUCAGCAGCUGCUGCAACCCCUGGAUUUACAUGUUCUUCAGCGGGCACCUCCUGCACGACAUCCUGUGGUACGUCUCCUGUUGCGGGAGCUUCCGGCCUGGCCUCAAGAGGCAAAUCUCCAACGGGAGCCUCUGCAGCAGGAAAACCACCAUCCUGACUCAGAGCCACCAAACCGACGCCCCUGCGAUCCAGCUGCAGCAGGGGGACUUGAAAGAUUUCUACCAGUCCUACGAGGAUACGGUGAUGGAGUCAGGUGUGCUCUAG